UUUUGCAAUGUCCUGCACCUCCAAAUAUUGACAAAGGAAAUCACAACAGCCAGGACUUGGAUUUUUUCACUACUGGGAUGGUCGUAAAUUACAGCUGUGACCCUGGCUACAGCCUCCUGGGAGAGGCAUCGAUUUACUGCACUGACUCUGGAACCUGGAGCCUGCCUCCUCCUCGGUGUGCAGGUGGCUGUGGAGCCCCUCCAACCUUAACCUUUGCUGAGCUAACUGAGGAAUACAAAAAUCUGACAGAGUUUCCUGUUGGGGACACCGUGCGAUACAGCUGCCAGCUGGGAUAUAUGAGACACCCCAGCGUACCCCCAACUCUGACAUGCCUCAAAAACCACACGUGGUCUGAAGCGCUAGCGUUCUGGAAGCAAUGUAAAUACCCAGAAACACCAAAGAAUGGCAGAGUUGUUGUUCUGACAGAUCUCCUUUUUCAGUCAACCGUGAGCUACGUGUGUAAUGAAGGGCACCGACUGGUUGGACAGUCUCAUAGUCGAUGUGAGAUUUUUGGACCAGAUGUCGCAUGGAGUGGUGUUCUUCCCAUUUGUCAGAAGGUGGUAUGUCCAGUCCCACACAUCGAGAAUGGCAGAGUAUCUGUUCUUAAAUAUCGCUACACAUACAAAGAUAUUGUCAGCUUUAAGUGCCAUGAAGGUUUCACCUUGCGAGGCCAUCACACAGCCCAGUGCCAAGCUAAUAAAACAUGGGAUCCACCCGUACCAGUCUGCGAGCAGGCAGUGAAGUGUCUGCCUCCUCCUGGCAUUGCUAAUGGGGAACACAGCAGUCAUUUCACAGACAGUUUUGAUGUAGGAGCACUUGUGCACUACCACUGCAAACCUGGCUUCUCCCUCAUUGGGAAUAAAUCUGUUCGUUGUACAACACACGGAGUCUGGAGCCAUCCCCCGCCUCGGUGCGAAGUUGGCUGAGUUGGGAAUGGAAAAGCAAUCAGAUUGGAGUCCCUCUAUGGACCUGGAGACAUGAUUACAACUGAAUGCGACAAUGCUAAUGUCCCAAAAGACCUCCCCAAGUCCCACUGCCAGCCCGGGGGCACAUGGGAUCCUCCACUCCCAGUCUGUGGAAGAGUGCUGCACUGUUCCAAGCCUGCAGAUAUUGCCCAUGGAUCUCUCAGUGGCCCGGCAAAAGCAAUUUUUGCUCCUGGAUCAUCUGUAAGAUACAUCUGUGAGCCCGGCUUCUCUCUCAUUGGGACAGCAUCCAUUUAUUGCACAGAGACUGGAACCUGGAGCCAUCCUUCUCCGGUCUGUCAAGUUGUGAAGUGUCUCCAUCCUCCAAACAUCACCAACGGGAAGCUCAAAGGCAACAUCUCUGACACUUUUUCCUAUGGAGCAUCUGUAUCCUACAGCUGUAAUCCUGGUUAUUCACUCGUUGGGAAUGCUUUCAUCAACUGCACGGUGUCAGGAACCUGGAGCCAGCCGCCUCCUUCGUGCAAAGAGAUCAGCUGUGUGUUCCCAGAAGUUCAAGGUGUCAAGAAAGCCAUAAAAGGAAAUACUUAUCGCUCUGGGACUAACAUCACUCUUGAAUGUGAUGAUGGUUACAUGUUGGAAGGCAUCAGUCAGAUUCAGUGCCAAGAGGACUUCAGCUGGGACCCACCUGUACCAGCCUGCAAACUGAAGUCACACAAGCCUGGUUCAGUAGGCCUAGGAGUCGCAGCUGCAGGAGUCCUGCUUCUCCUGGGGGCAGGCAUUGUCUGGAAAAUUAUUUCUAAGCAGAAGGAAGGCUAUUAUAAUACAUACGAAAACUACAGUUACCAAACCCCUCCGAACCAGAUAACUGAACAGAAAUGUUCAUGUCUUCCAUAG